AUGGCGGGUACCCAGGCCUCCGGUGCCACUCUGUUCUCUUGCCCCGCCAAUUUUAUGGCAAUGUCUCCAGACUCGGAUCUCCCUCAUUUCUCCUUGGAGGUGCUCCUGUUUCCAGAUACAGAAGUGUGGCUUAUCCGAGCCCCUCCAGACUUUGCCCCACAGUGCCUCAAUGGGCGGCCUGUGCCUCUCUCUGGCUCAAAGACUGUUAAGGGCAAACUGGAUGGCAAGAGGUGCCGAUGCCGGGUCCUUACUGGCAGCCCUCAGGCUGGAGAAGCCACCUUGCUGGCAUCGUCAACAGAGGUGGGAGGGAGACUCACUUGUGCUCCGGCCCCCCAUGGGAGCAUAAGGAUCAUGGAGGGUCUUCAAGAGUAUCUUAUCUCUCGGGUCCCCCUGCAGCCCAUUCCCACAAGCCUGCCACCUCAGAUCCCUGCCAGCCUGCAGCCUCGGUUCUCUGCCUUUGGAGGCAGCCCUCUGUUCACAGGACCUGGGUCAGUCAUGGCUCUGAGGUCACCUACUUCAGGGAAGAGGAAAAGGAAGAGAAAGGUCGCAGAGGCCUCAGACAUUCAGGAGGCAGUCAACGGGCAUGGGGCCAUGGAGGUGGACACAGCCUGGAGUGGCCUAGAAAUUAGGAAGAAGAAAAAGAAGCAUCAGGUGAGCAAGGUAGAGAUGCUGGGGGCUGAGACACUAGAGCCCAUGGCAGAGAUGGCAGAGCCCAUGGGACUCCCAUUCCCAUCUGCCAGCAGCAGCAAGAAGAGGAAGAGCAAGUCCACGGGAGCAGAGACGUUCCAGCCAGAAGAGGAGCUGGAACCCAUGGAAUCUGUGGCGAAAAUAGAGCCUCCUGAUGAGACCAUCUUGGUGGGCCAAGAAGAAAAGAGGCAGAAGGAGGCUGAAGGGAUGCAAGCAGUGGAGGCCAUCAUGGCUGCCUCUCAGCUACAGAUCACUGUGGAACCCCAGGAGGAAGCCUUCCCACUGCCCCCCACAAAGAAGAGGAGAAAAGAAAAGAGGCAGAAUUUGGUGAUGGAGCCAGAUAUGGGGCUCCCUGGAGUGACCACAGAGCCUGAACUUUCAGAACAUGGGCUUCAGGUUGAGGCAGCUCCUGUGUCUCCCAAGAAGACCAAGAAGAAGAAAAAGUGGCUGGGCAAGACGCUGGCCUUGGGGGCAGAGGUGGCAGAAGCUGCACUUGCAGCUAACUUUGAGCCCCAGGUGGCUCCAGCACCCAGCAAGAAGAAAGAGAAAGGACAGAAGGUGAUAGAUCCCCCGUCUGAGAUGAGUGACCCAAGAGAAUUUGAGGAACCUGAGGCUGGAACAAUUCAAAGAUCCACAAAAAAGAAGGAGGAGAAGGAG